GAAAAACAAUGACGACUACAGCUGCGGAAGAGUUUGACACGGUGACGUUUGAGAAGAAUUUGGGUAAUCUCAAAGAUACGCAGGAGAGUAUAAGUUCCCUGUCGUCCUGGUGCCUCCAGUGGAGGUCGCAUCACAAGAAAAUUGUCUCCAGCUGGCUCACAGUGCUCAAGCAAGUAAAAGUUGAGCACCGGCUAACGCUGUUCUACCUGGCCAAUGAUGUCAUCCAGUACAGCAAGAGGAAUAAUUAUGAAUUUGUGGAGAGUUGGGGGACAACCCUUCAGCGUGCCACCACCAUGGUACGCGAUGAGAAGGUAAAGAAUAAGAUUCUCCGGAUAUUCAAGAUCUGGGAGCAACGUGGGGUGUACAAUGAUGACUUCAUUGGGGAUCUCGUUGGUUUGCUGAAUAUGCCACCACCGGCGAAGAAGAAUCAAACAGAAGCAAAAGAGAAUGUUCCCGAAGUGGAGGAUCCACAGACAACAGCCCUCAUUGCGAAUAUCCGGGAUUGCGUGAAGCUCCAAGAACGAACGGAUAAAUCCUUCAAGAACCUCUCGAAAACCCCCCAAGUGGACAUUGAGAAUAUCAAGCAAAAUCUCAAAGGUGAGGCUUCCUUGAGAAAAAAAAAAGAAGAAAAGAAUCCUGAAAAUAUUUAUUUUAUAAAUUUCUUUGCAGAUCGAAGCCACGUUGAGGACGUUGAGAAGGAGCUGGAGGAUUGCUUGACGCAUCUUGAGGCCUACAUGACAACCCUGAAGGCUGAGAUAAAAGCACGUGGUAUCCUCAUAACAGCCCUUGUUCAAGCGGAUGAGUUCUAUCACAACCAACGAGGGGAUGUCAAGACAGUGGCGAUUGCUUACAGAAAUUUCGGGAAUCGCGUGAAGACGAUGAAGAAGAAGUUGGAGGAGCUCACGCCGACGCUACCCAGUCCCAUUCCCUCUCCGGACAUUAAUGCUCCAUCCCCGGAACCUGAUGGGAUGGAAUUUGACUUUCCCGGAAGUGGUGGGAACUUCUCAAAUGGCUUUAUGAGCUACAUGGAUAGUGGGGCGUUGCCAUUUGAUAUAAAUGACUUCCAUCGGGAUAGUCAUACCAGUAGGAUGGCGCAGCAGAGGGCAGAGGGUGGUAGGUCGUCAGCCCAGCAGCAGAUUCAGGUGAUUGGAUCACAUGGAAGUUCAAAGGGGGAAGUGGAUUAUGGGGGUGUGAGUGAUAUUUUCAAGAACAUCAUAAAUGACACAUCACCCCCAAGUGGGUACAUCCCCUCGUUGGAGCCCCCACAGCCCGUUCCGCCAGUUGGGGGGAAUUCUCUGCCACCGUACAUGGGGGGGAGUAGUGCGGACACAGAGACAGCAUACAAUCCCGGAUUGGAUUUGGGGGAAUUCAAUGCGGAUAAUAAUUACGGGAGUGGGUAUGGCCCCAAUUCCGGCCCCUCCAACUAUGCAGCCCCCUCAAUUGUGCCUCCACCCGUUCCGCCGCCAAUUGCACAGAAUCCCAUGGAAGCGUAUGGGAGAUCAUGGGGUGGGGGAGGGCACGAAUGGAUGGGCAACAAUGCAGCCACAGGCUAUGAUCAUGGCAUUGAGACUCCAACAUCCCCGCCGCACUUUGACAGGAAACCAUCUGCCGGGGAUACGGGGAUGCUGGAAUACGAUGAGAAUGCCGAGAGUUCAUCCGCGGGGGAUAUUGAUCACAGACAAUUGAAUCUCCCGUCUGAACUUCACGCAGUCCCGCCCAAAGUGAAAAAUCGUGCUGUUGAUGUUGAUCAUCGGAAUUUGAUCUCCUUAACGGGUUCACCGGGAGCAAAGGUGACCACUGAGAAGGACAUCCCACCCCCACCGGUGGCACCACCCCUUCUGUGGCCACCAAAAGGGCAGAAAGAUGUUGAUUUGAGGCAGCCAAAUACCCCUGCUGGGAAUGAGAGGAAAUCAAGUCCAGCAGAGGGGGAAGGUGGGCCUGGUGAUGAGGUUAUUGUACCCCCACCCCUUCCACCAGCACUCAUCCCAUUGGAUCUUCCGCCGUCUUUUGGGAAAUUCUUCAAAGAACCCAUCAACGCUGAUGGGCCACCAUUGCUGCCGGAUUUCCAGACACCACCCCCGGGAUUUGUCGUCCCUCCACCGCCAAAUAGUGCGGCAGGGAAGAAGAAUCAGCAGAAGGCAGCAAUGAUGGGUGGGAAGAAUGCACAGAAUGGGCCAGAUAUUGUGGAGAGUGUUGACAUGGAGAUGUCCGAUGAGGACAUGGAGGAGUACCACAAUACGCAUGAAGAGGAAGAUUUGUUGGAAAGGGAAGCAGAAGAAGCGGAAGAGGAUGAAGAGCUUGAGGGUCAGGAGGAAAUGGAUGAGAUGGAUGGUGGAAUGCAGAACAAUCGUGGUGGUCCACGGGGGAUGCCGCCGAUGCCGUUUAUGGGGCAGAUGAAUUUUGCAGGGCAUCCGCCGCUGCUGCCAACACCACCAGGUGGGCCUCCGCCGGGUAAUUGGAAUGGACCUCCGGCAGCAGGUGGUGGGGGGAAUUUCCCACGAGGCGGUGGAUUCUUCGGCGGAGCUGGGGGUGAGAGGAUGCGAGGACCGCAGGGCUUCCCGAUGCAAGGGGGGCCACUCUUCAAUUUCCGCCCUGGGAUGAAUAUGCGUGGAAAUGGGAGGCCACCACUUCGAGGACGACCGCAUCCCUUCAGAACUGGACCCCUCUUCCGUGGAGGCGGCGGCGGAGGAGGAGGAAAUCGUGGCAGAGGUCGUGGGGGGAAAUGGAUGAGAAAGAAAUACAAGAAAAGGAAGAAAUUCUAGUCAAAAGAAUUGCAAAAUAAAAUCCUUCUUUUACACACACAUCUUUGAAUACUGAUAGAAAGUACAAAAAAAAAUAUUUAAAAUUUAAUUUUCAUCUUUUUUUAAGAAAAAAAAAUCAUGUGACCCACUUUAGAAUUUAAGGAACUCUUUUGUAAAUAAAUAAAAUUGUGAAUAAAAAAAA